AAUGACCGCUAUGUCCAACUCGGUUUCGUAGCGCAAAACACGAAUAGCGAAAUGCGUGUACAUUACACACGUUCACUGUUCAACAUUCUCCUUUCUUUCGCGGGUUCGAUACAUCAUUCCCUCUCGACAGCAGCGAAGAGGGCAUAAGAAUUACCAGAAUUUGGUAAAUAAAUCCGAAGAAGAAGAAGAAGAAGAAGAAGAAGAAGAAGAAGAAGAAUGGCGCAACUUGCAGAAACAUAUGCAUGUGCCCCCUCCACGGAGCGAGGGCGGGGGAUACUAAUCUCAGGCGAUCCAAAAUCGAAUGCGAUCCUCUACUGCAAUGGAAGAUCCGUGAUUAUGCGCUACCUCGACAAGCCUCUCGAAGUUUCCGUAUACGGUGAGCACGGUUACCAGGCCACCGUCGCUCGGUUCUCUCCCAACGGUGAGUGGGUCGCCUCCGCUGAUGUGUCCGGAACGAUCAGGAUCUGGGGGACACACAAUGAUUUCGUCCUCAAGAAUGAAUUUAAGGUUCUUUCCGGUCGGAUCGACGACCUCCAGUGGUCUCCUGAUGGUCUCAGGAUCGUCGCUUCCGGUGACGGGAAAGGCAAAUCCUUUGUUCGUGCUUUUAUGUGGGACUCAGGCUCUAAUGUCGGGGAAUUUGAUGGUCAUUCAAGACGAGUAUUAAGUUGUGCUUUUAAGCCAACAAGACCAUUCCGUAUUGUCACAUGUGGUGAGGAUUUUUUGGUGAACUUCUAUGAAGGACCACCGUUUAAAUUCAAGCUGUCUCACAGGGACCAUUCAAAUUUCGUCAAUUGUAUAAGAUUUUCUCCAGAUGGCAGCAAGUUUAUCAGUGUGAGUUCAGAUAAGAAGGGGAUAAUAUAUGAUGGGAAGACUGGGGAAAAGAUUGGAGAGUUGUCCUCUGAAGAUGGCCAUAAAGGGAGCAUUUAUGCUGUUAGUUGGAGUCCUGAUAGUAAAGAAGUACUGACUGUGUCUGCUGACAAGUCUGCCAAGAUAUGGGAAAUUGCUGAUGAUGGUAAGCUUGGAACAGUGAAGAAAACAUUACAAUGUCUUGGCUCAGGAGGAGUAGAUGAUAUGCUGGUUGGAUGCCUUUGGCAGAAUGACCAUCUUGUCACAGUUUCUCUUGGUGGAACUAUUAGCGUAUACGCAGCAAGUGAUCCUGAUAAAAGCCCAGUUUGUUUCUCUGGGCACAUGAAGAAUGUUUCGUCACUAUCUGUUCUCCAAGGCAAAGCCAUCUUGUCUAGCAGCUAUGAUGGUUUGAUAAUCAAAUGGAUUCAGGGCAUGGGAUACAGUGGUAAAUUAGUGAGGAAAGAGAAUGCUCAAAUUAAAUGUUUAAUUGCUGCUGAAGGAGAAGUUAUUUCAUCUGGAUUCGAUAACAAGGUAUAUAGAAAUGCUCUUCUUGGGGAUCAAUUUGGAGAUGCAGAACCUAUUGAUGUUGGAAGUCAGCCAAAGGACUUGAGCCUUGCCCAUCUUUCUCCUGGACUUGCUUUGGUUUCAAUUGAUUCAGGAGUUGUCAUGCUUCGUGGUUCAACAAUAGUAUCAACCAUCAAUCUUGGGUUUACUGUGACGGCAGCUACAAUUACACCUGAUGGAAGUGAGGCGAUUGUGGGUGGGCAGGAUGGAAAGUUGCACAUAUAUUCCAUCACAGGUGAUACACUUACUGAAGAAACAGUGCUUGAAAAGCAUCGGGGUGCUAUAACUGUCAUAUGUUACUCCCCGGAUGUUUCUAUGUUUGCGUCAGGGGAUUCCAAUCGAGAAGCUGUUGUUUGGGACCGUGUCUCUCGAGAGGUUAAGCUCAAGAACAUGCUAUACCACACUGCCCGCAUAAACUGCUUGGCUUGGUCUCCUGACAACACCAUGGUUGCUACUGGAUCAUUAGAUACAUGUGUCAUAAUAUAUGAAAUUGAAAAGCCUGCAUCAAGCCGAAUAACCAUAAAAGGUGCUCAUUUGGGUGGUGUAUAUGGAGUGGGUUUCAUUGAUGAAUGCAGUGUUGUGAGCUCAGGUGAGGAUGCAUGUGUUCGUGUGUGGAGAUUAACCCCACAGUAACAAAGAUGAGUGCAAUCACUCAAAACAGUUUUCAGGUUUGCAAUAAGAAGUUUGGUGAUUGUGCGAUGUUAUCGUACAUUUGUUUUGUCCACAGAUUGUCCAUUGCACAGAAGUGGGAAAAAGGAAAAGGAAAAGGAAAAAAGAGGGAAAAACAAGUGAUUGCGUAUUGUUUCUUCUUACAAUUACAUUUCUUGUGGCAUGUAGUGUUUGGUAGUGAAGGAUGGGCUUUCUUUCAUGCUUUCAACCAGAAUUUCGGAGUAUUAAGGUGAAUCAGUAAUAUCUAUUUGUAUAGAAGGGCUUUGAUGUAUCCAUCUCAACAAGAUGCGCAUUGUCCUCUUGCCAACAGUUGGGGGCUGACGGCUGAGUUUUGGUUAUUCUGGGGCUUUGCUAUGCUGCGGCUUGGUUAUUGUGGUAUGGUAGUUCUCCUCUCUUUUCAUACCAGUGGUUGCCUAUGAUUAUAAUAUGACGAUGGUGAUGAAUCCUACUAUUGUCCAGCUACUUUACGGAUCAUACCUACAUAAAUUGAAAGGGCUAUCGUUAUAGCUGUUUCUAAUAAGUAAUGAUUAUUAUGUUGAGAAUAUAUUGGCAUUAGAAAUGGAAAGCGAGAUGGUUGAAAGUUAUUAUAUAUAUUUUUUUUUUUCUUACCUGUAACAGAAUUUGAUUUGUUGUGAUUUCUGUUUGGUUUGUUUAAUUUUGGUGUAUUAACGGGAUGACAGUAAGCUUGUUGAGUUCAUACCUGGUUUCCUUUUUGUC